CGACAGCGAAUGAAGGACCGUGAGCAUACAGAAGAUGCAAUGGGAAUGAGAUGAGAUAAUCAUCAGAAGAAUGCGUUGGCUUUAGACGAGGCCAACCCUUCCUCUCCAAAGAACAAGUCAACUGUCUCUUCCUCGACAGACAAUGGAUGUAACCAGAUAGAUAACUUUUGAUUUGCACUCUCAUUUUUUUACUUUUUGGAACACUCCUUCGAUAUGAGUUUUGUUUUCCGAGGGAGUCGAGCAGAUUUAGAGAAUGGAUUACCUGAAUAUUUUCCUCAAAGGCGUCAACUGCGUGUGCUGCGUUCAGUUCGACCACCAAAAACUAAUAUGCUUGCUUUCCUUGUCACAGUUAUAUUGCUUUUCAUGAUUCUAAAUUCAAACCAAAUGCCAGCAAACUUUUUGCUCUGGCUAGUUCUUGGUGUCUUUUUUAUGGCAACAAGCCUAAGAAUGUAUGCAACAUGUCAGCAACUUCAAGCGCAAGCUCAAGCUCAAGCUAUAGCAGCAAGUGGACUUCUAGGUCAUACUGAACUGAUGUUGCAUACACCGCCCUCUAUAGCCCUUGCAACUAGAGGAAGGUUGCAUGGUCUCAGACUUCAGCUUGCUCUUCUCGAGAGGGAAUUUGAUGAAUUAGAUUAUGAAACAUUGAGAGCUUUGGAUUCAGAGAAUGUUCCCACAAUUCCAUCCAUGAGUGAAGAGGAGAUAAAUUAUCUUCCUGUUCAUAAGUAUAAGAUGUCUAGUUCCGAAAGCGGUAGUGGUGGUUUUCCAUUCCGGCAUGGUUCAUCUUCAAGUCCAUCUGAGAUGAUGCAAGACAUUUCGAUUGGGGUUGGCGGCACGAAAGGUAUGGGUGAUGAGCUGACUUGCAUCGUUUGCUUGGAACAAGUCAACAUUGGUGAAGCUGUCCGAAGUUUGCCAUGCUUGCAUCAGUUCCAUGUUAGCUGCAUCGACCCAUGGCUGAGGCAACAGGGAACUUGCCCCGUUUGUAAAUUUGAGAUUAGCUCAGGCUGGGGCGAUAAUGGACAAGACGCCAUUGAUGCAUCUCACAUGGUUUGAAAAGUGUCAGCUCAUUUUACAAAUAUUGACUUGGUAAUGCUAAUUUAGGCUAAAGGAUGAGAGACUUUUAUUUUUAUUUUGUUAUGAAACUAUUGAAAGGUGUAUAUCAGAUUUGGUGCCAUUUUAUUAUUA